UCGGUAGGAAUAACCCACCUGCCCGUGCACUGAUGGUUAACGGCGGCGUGUAUGUGUUAUUAAUAACUUCAUCCUGCCUCAGGUGGCUGUUCAGGGAUGGGGGAAAAACCUAAAGCGGUGGAUGGCAGAUGGCUGGAAUGCUGGUGCACGCUGUGCCCGCACAACACCCACGGUGGGAGGGAUGCGUUGGGAACACGCAUUUGUCCACAGGAGAAACCCUGCUGGGAAUAUUGCUUCGUGUCGUGGGGUGCUGUGGCCAGGGGCUGUGCUGUGCUGUGCCCUGUGGCUGGGCUGGGGGUGUUACAGGGUGCUGGUGUGUGCUCCCCACUCCUUAUGAAACUCCUUUCCAGAAGCAGGGAGCUGGAGGAGGUGGGUGUCAGUGCCCACCCCUGCACAGGUUACCCCCUCGAGACUUUUUAUUAGGGCUGGCAGCAAUCCUGCGUAUCCCAUGUCUGACAUCCAAGUGCAAACCCCAUGGGAGAUGGGAUGUGCUGUGCCCGUGUCCCAGGCUGCUGAGGUGCUCUUGGUUCUGGUGAGGCUCUGGAGCAGCCGUGCUGCCCCCCAGCUCCUGCUCGGGUUCCUCUGCAGCUGCCAUUAGGCAAUCCCAGUAUAUUUCUUUUUCCAGCAGUUCCUUCUCUCCUUUGCUAAUGUGUGAAAGACCGACCCGGGGGAAGCUGACUCAUUGGGCAGAGGAACGGUGAAACGGUGUGGAGACAAAACAAGCCAGAGAACAUAGAAGUGAUUUCCCUUUUUAGAAGGGUGAUGAAAACAAGGAGAAAAAUUAGGGAGGGUGAAGUUUUGGAGAGGUACGUGGUGCAAGGGCGUUGCACACAGCCCUGUGCUGGUCACUCAUGUAAAAAUAUCCAGAUUUCCUUUGGUAAAUAAAAAGGACAAUAAUAUUUCCUUUGGAGGGAGGUUGAAAAGUUGGAAAAUCUCGAUGAGGGCUUUGGCUGAAGGACAGAAAGAUGGGGUGAAAAGCCAGCAGAGGUGCAGCGUGUGGAGAGGCGCAGCGUGGUGAGACCGUGCCCAUCUGGGAACUUCCACAAUCAAGUUCUGAAUGAGUCACUGUCUUGAAUUUUAUAUUUCAGUUAGUGCUCUUGCUGUAGAGCUUCUCUGGGGACACUGGAGAAGGAAGAAGGGGCUGUGAAUGGAGUUAGCUGAAGGUGUUUCCCAAAGUGUCUCGCAUAUAUUCAGUAUCCCAAAGGAAACAACACAGAGAAGUGCAGGGAAAAUUACUCAGAAGGAAACCAGCCGUACGUGUGACAUUCGGGUCCCACCUUUGACUCAGCCUCUGCUUACAGCUCUCAGUGCUUUGUUGGAGGCAGAAGUGGUUCCUAUCCCUUCCUCGUGAUGGAUUUAAUUUGUUAGCAUCCACCAAGGUACACACAAAACAAAAUUCCAAGGGGGAUGUGGGUUGGCCCCACAGUCCUUCUCCCACCUUUCCCAGUUUUUUUUGCUGGCAGAGCCACACUGUCCUGGUUGGUGGUCAAAGCUGAACUCAGGGGAUGCAGCCUGCUAGCCUUCUGCUUUUCCUUGGGGUCCCUGAUAUAUCCCUGUGUGUGGGAGCAGCUGCAGUGCUCUGGCCAUGGGGUCUCCCCCAGAACUGGCUGCUGCCCUCCAGGCAGAUCCUGCUCUCCAUCCAGUGUCAUGGCCUGAAUUUGGGGCCGGUCCAGGCUCCAGCUCCCCAAAAUGACAUCCUGAUGCUGAGGACAGGGUUGGAACAAGGCCCUGGAUUCAGUAUCUGUGUCAGGAAAAAGGUCCUGGGGUCCCAAAACUGGGGUGACAUCUGGUGUGGCUUAACUGCAGUGGAGCACAGACAACUGUCACUGCCCUGUUCGCACCCAAGGUUUCUCCUCUCUGUUAGUCCAGAUCAUGUUGCUGUAGCCUAAAUAAUAGGAAAAAAAACAUGCUAAAGAUUUUGCCAUAGGGCAGAAAGUCCGGGGUUAUCAUGCAGGGUCUGGAGGUUAUCAUGCAGGGUCUGGAGGCUGCCGAGUGCUGUGUUUGGGAACAGCCUCUCCUCCAGCCUGUCCUUCCUGGCCCUGGGAGGCUGCUGUGUGGAUCGUGGCCUCGGGAGUGGGACACGUCCCUCAGGGCUGUGACUGUGUUGCUGUGAUAAAGAGGGACAGAUCAGGGCCACGUGGGGGAAGCCACUGAGAGCUGGAAGUCCCACGAGUUAAAGGACAGAUUAAACCCAUGGUCAUUAGAUUAAUGGGAUUAAUCUCAUGGGUCAAAAGGCUGGGUUUGAGCUCAGCACAAACAGCACCUAAGGAGCCCUUUGCUACCUGGAGUAACUGCAGAGUAAUGCCUGCACCCCCUCUAUGCACCCAGCCACAGCAAUGGGGAUUUGGUGCUGUGCGGUUCCACAGGGGUGAGUCCCAGCUCCUCGUGUUGAGGGACUGCGAUUUUCCACCCUGCUUGGGAAGGACUGCCCAAACCCUGCUUCCCUCUGGCCUGAGGCUGGGGAGGGCUGCAUUGGGGUGGAGUCUUACCUGGAGCAGGCUGGGCUUCAGGACUGACAACUGGUGGACUGGGAAGAGGAUAGCAACUGUUCAACUUGGAGUUAAAGGCUGCCUGGAAGAAACUCCAAGGGCUGUGGCUGCUGGGAUAAUGCAUUCCAGCACAUCCUGGGUAUUGGGGGUCUGGAGACUGGGCAGCUCUGCAGGUCCUUCAUGUAAAAUCCAUGCCUGUUCCUCCUUAGAGAGGGAAGGGGUGGCAGUGCUGCCUGUACUUUGGAGGAGGGAGAAGCUCCAGGAGCUUUCUGGAAGCAGUCAGCACUCUGUGCUGGUGUGUGGACCCCCACGGUAAUGCAUUCCAUGUCCUCGUGCUGGUGUGUCCCCCCGGCACACACGGCAGGCACAGAGGAGCAGCAUUCCCAACAGCAGGAAUUGUCCAUCACAGAGCAGUGGAGAGCUGACCACCCGUAUCAGGGGCGUGGGAAAGCUGCAGCCUCUGGGAUGCAGGACUGUGGGCCUGUAUUCCCAGACUGUAUUCCCAGCCCCAACUGGGGCUUGGUGUGUUUUGGUUUGCAGCUCCAGGCCCAGCUCCAGCAGCCCUGCCGAGCCACAGCUGGUCCCUCGGAUGGCCACCCCUCCUCGGGGUGACAACCAGACCUUCUGUGGCAGCUGCAGCCUCUGUGGUCACCGGCUCUGCCCCAGGAGCAACCCUGCCCUGAAGACAUUCCUGCCCCGGGAACAUCCCUGCCCCCGGGAUCAGCCCUGCCCUGCCAGGGAGCACGUUCCCUUCGAGCCUCUGGCACUGUGCAGACCAUGUGAAUAAAUAUCAAACCAUGUAGGCAGAUGCAAUACUAUUUCUGCCCUUGCAGGUCUCCAUGCCGGUUGCAUAAGUGUAUCGUUUCCAUCCGUGAGUCCCUUGCUUUCCCGAGCAGGAUCACUGCCGGCAGCGCCGGUGACGUCUGGGCAGUGACAGAGAACUUGUCAUUGAGAAAAGGUGUUUUCUGCCCUCAGUUCCUGGCAAUCACUGUGGCCCUGAGCAAAGAGCUGCUCAGCAGGGCGAGCUGGAAUGCCUUUAUGGAUCAGAGGGAGUGGGAUGUGAUCCCGGUCCCUGCGGUGACUCAGCCUCGCAGACCGGUGAGUCAGCGCCGGCUGCCUGCCCGUUCCGAGGCAGGUUGGAUUCUGGAUUCCAAAAUUCUUGAUUCUUGGCCCCUGGUCCAAGAGGAAAGGGGCUGGACCUCUUCUGGUGUCAGGAGAAGGACUUGUCACGCACAGUGGGAAAGAAUAUUUGCAUUUUCCCAGCAGUUUCUUUGGAUUUUGGAUUCAACCCAGGAGCCCCACCUGCCCUGCUUUCCAGCCAGGCAUCCUCUGCAUAUCAUUUUGGGAGUUCACAAGGUUUCCUGCACACACCCAACCCCAUACUCCCAGGGGGAUCUGUUUGGGCUGGUUUCUCCCUUAGAUCAGAUGAAUUCUCUCCAAGAACUGUACAGCUUGCAAAAACCCCCUCCUGCAGCUCAGGAAUUCAUCCCACAGCCAGGUGCACAUGCUGCCCGCUUUGACAUCUUGCUGCAGCCUGGAAAACCAGAGCCUGCCUCAAAAUGCAGGAUCCUGUGGCUUAUUUUUAGAGAGGACUCAUACUUUGAGAGGGCUAAAAUGUGCUGUCCUCACCAGAAAUCGUGCAACAAACAGAUUGCAAAAUUGUUCAUUUCUGGUGACAGCUGCUGUGGGAAGAAGAGAAGGUGUCUGUCACGUCCUGGUCCAAGGGGAAAGAGACUGGACUUCUCCUGGUGGCAGGAGCAGGACUUAUCACACAUGGGGGCAAAGAAUAUUUGCAUUCCUCAAACAGUUUCCUUGUGUCUCCAAGUGGCUCCAAGAAAAUCACAGGCAAACUGUAAUCACGGAAUGGUUUGGGUUGGAAGACCAUCUAAACUGGGGAGGUUGGAACAAGGUCCCUUCCAACCCAAACCAGUCUGUGAUUCUAUGAUCUUCUAGUUCCACCCCCUGCCAUGGGCAGGGACACAUUUCCUGAGCCGAGA